CUUGCCACCUCUCCCUCCCCCUCGAGUUUUCACCAUCGCCAACCCAUUCUUGCGCGAACAAAAUGAGUCAGACGGGCAUAAUGUCGAAUCUAAACAAAAACAAUAGCCACCCGAGUGAAAAAGUCCCCCCAAGCCCCACCAAGACUCGAUAAUCCCGAGAAAAACUCCGAUUCGAGUGAAAAAAAAUAUCAACAAUAACACAAUAACUCAAGUGCGUGGUACAUCAUCUUUAUUUUUAUUUUUUCACCAUUUUUUCCCCUCUUUUUUCCCACCGAGUUUCUUCCAAGUCGCAAAUACCAACAUUUCUGCAUUAUUUAAUCCCCAGUGUAUAAACCAUCACAAUGACGUUUCGAGCCCACCCUAAAUCAACAUCUGUGCCCCAAAGGCUUGACAGUGAAAGUACAAGUGACUUUAUCCAACUCGGAUAAAAAAGCAAAACAGAGCGAUAACAACUGGAUAAAAAAAAUAAUCCACCAGACUGAAAAAAAUCGCCGCAGUUAUGUGUGCGCGUUGCCAACUAUGUCAAGAACUUUUGGUGAUGGAGAUUGACGAAUUCGAUGAUUCCAUAAUCGUGGAAAUAAAUUUCCACGACACUUACCCAACCGGAGGGUCAAAUUAUUCGCACAUAGUGACUUGAAACAAUCGCGAAGUCCCCGGAGCCCCGAAGAAUCUCGAGAAUUCCUUUGUUCGUCGUGAAAAACGUCGGCUAAAAAUACCCGUAUUUUCGCACCAAAGUUGAGCCCGAAGAUUGUGACUUGUGUUGACAAAAAACUGUUUGAAAAUCCGAGAUGUCGAGUGUUGUGGUUGGCGCAAGUCACGAGUGUUUGUUUUUCCCCCUGAAAUUAUCGAGUUUAGCCCAGUGACACGAGAGUAUUGUCCAGUGAGUGACAUUCGGGAUGUGUCCGCACUGACACUUCCGCGAUCCCCUUGCCGAGUGUGAAAUGAACAUUGAUGAAGUGUUGAAAAAAUAAUAACGCGAAUACAGGGGAUGCCUAGCCUACACUCGCUCGUCGUACGACGAGCUAAUCCACUGAUGGAUAUGGGUACAGCAACGAGUUCAGUAACAUCGGUCAAUCCAGCCUCUCAGAAGGGCGAUCUCGCCAACAAGCUGAGCGGCAUAAAGAUGCCACUUGUGAGGAAGGAGACGAGUGCUAAUAAUUUGUCGUUGAGGGAGGGAAACUCUGGGGGCAACAGGGGUGCUGAGGCACCUCUGCUCAGGCCUGAGAGCAGUGCUAGUCUCGAGGCACGUGGGGGCAGUUGGAUGAAUGUCGGGCCGAAGGGCAAUUUGAGGAAGUGCGAGACGUCGGUGGGACUCAGUGCACUUGCACUCGAUAAUAACAGGCCGAUUAAUCGGAGCAGGGUGUGCUCGAGGUGCUCGAGUCUCCUGUCGCUGGCUUCGAGCUCCCGGUACAGCCUCGCCGCGGGGAGCUUUGUACCCGCUGCACCCUCGCAGGGGGCUGUCAAUCAAUUUUUGUGCAAAAUAUGCCUCAUCGAUGUGUCGCUGUCCAAGAUAUUCAGGAUCGAUGGCUGCGGCUGCUAUUACUGCAAAGACUGUAUGAAGGGCUACAUUGAAUAUGAAAUCGAGGCAGGUGCCUACGAGAUCAGUUGCCCAGACGCGCAAUGCGACUGGGCGUCUGUGCUCACCCUCACCGAGAUGUCGACCCUCGUGACCCCAGAACUCAUGGAGAAACAUCGUAAAUUUCGUCUUAACAGAGAUGUUUCCAUGGACAAGGAGCGCGCGUGGUGUCCACGUGCUGGCUGUGAGACAAUAUGCUCGGUGAACAGUAAUGGAAGUGGUGCAUCACCGGGCCCAGUCCACUGUCCGAACUGCUCAACCGACUUCUGUUCUGUCUGCCGAGAGCCAUGGCACAACGGAAUCUGCACCAAUCUACCCCUGGGCAUUCCCUUCGACAAUGACCACAUCAAGUGUUGCCCCAUGUGUUCUGUGCCUAUCGAGAAGGACGAGGGGUGUGCGCAGAUGAUGUGCAAACGAUGUAAACACGUUUUUUGUUGGUACUGCCUAGCUUCUUUAGAUGACGACUUUCUAUUACGACACUACGACAAGGGCCCCUGCAAGAACAAGCUGGGGCACUCCAGGGCGUCCGUAAUCUGGCAUCGAACCCAAGUAAUCGGAAUUUUCGCUGGUUUUGGCCUUCUUCUCCUAGUAGCUUCGCCCCUCCUCCUGCUAGCUGCUCCCUGCAUCGUGUGCUGCAAAUGCCGGGCAUGUGGCUCAUCGAGGCUUGACCAGGAGGCUGGCAACCCUGAGGACACAUCUACGUAAGCUUAACAAAAACACCUGGAGAUGUGAGCGGUAGAGUAAUGGUUUUAUAAUCACCGAAAUUUUCUUCAUGGAACAUUCUCCUCACAAGAGCCAGUCUUUGUUCACUCUCUUCUCUUUUUAUUCCAAGACUCACGUCAUACUGAUAUGUAAAUUUUGCUCCAAGUGAUUACUCUUGUUGAUUCAUUUAGUGUUAUGUUUUCUUUUUUUCUUAUCACUGAAGACAAAGAUGUUUGCCAUGAAGAAUUAACUCGACGAUAGGAGGGGAAUAAUUUAUCGUUAUGAAUUAUUCUUUGUCUCGUUGUUGAAUGAUUUUCUGGCUUAAUAUUUACUGAUGGAUUCAAUAUUUAUCGACGAGCUCAUAGUGUUCGAUUUAUCUAGAGAAUAAAACAUUCCUGAUAAUUGAAAAUUCAUAAUUUCCCAAUUUUUUACAUUUAUCUCAGCUUAAAGUACAGAUAGAUAUACCAGAAAAUUGUCGAUACAGUACGAAAUAUUAUGAAUAAAAGUGUUUCAUAUUUUUGAAUAAUAAUAGAGUCUACGUAAACAAUCAUUUUCGACGUAAGAUAUUUAUUUGUUGCAUUUGACGAUCGAAGUAUUGAUUUAUUUUGGAUAAUUUAUGUGGGAAAAAAAAAGUGUGGGAUAUAGAUAGUCUGUACAGAUGUAUAUUUCGAUCAUGUGGAUUUAAUCAGUCGAUUGAUUGUUCAAAUUUCAGUUAAACUAAUGAUACUAAUGUGAUAAUUACAUGAAAAUUUAUGUAUUUCGUAAGAAAUCAGUCAAUGUAAUUUAAAUAUAUCAUCUUUCAUUAUUGAUAAUCAUGAUGAGAACGACAUAGUUACCAUUGGGGUUUAUCAUACGUUGAUAGAGAGGUGAAUACAAAUAAAAUAUAAAUGCAAUAACUAUAGAAUACUUAUUGUUCGUGUGAGGGGUGAUUUAUGAACAAAAUGAUGUGAAAAUUGGACCAGAAAUCAUUGUGAGAUUUUAUGUGUGUGAAAGCGAGUGAAAAUAUUGACUCAGUGUCAAUUGAGUGAUUAAGAUAUAGUAAUAUAUUUCGAUUUAACGAGUCAACAUUAAUGAAACUCAUUCGUACUGGUGUUUUAACCAUUAGAUUAAUUCCAGAGACCUGCAUUUUACUUUUUUUUGUUUUGUUUAUCAGUGUGCGUGCUUAUUUUCAUUAAUUAUUGAAUUUGUUGUAUACUGCCCACAAAUCUUCCUUCUUUUUUUUACAUUAAUCAUGCCAAAGAGGUUGUUCUAUCUCGUGAUUAUGACAGCGGCACGUUUGUCUAUUUAAUAGUAAUGAGGUUUAACAUAUUUCGAACUAAUUCCGAAAUUCAGUUUCCCUCAUUGACUAAUCGAUUACAGUAACGAGUUGUUUGAUGCAAGGGAUUUUUCUCCGUUUAAUAAUAUGGAAAAUACGAAAGCUCUGUGCGGACAUUCCACUGAGGGGAAUAUAUUGCGGAUGCUCUGCGUUAAACGUAAACACUGUUGUACAUAAUAAAAACUACUUAGAG